UCCUCAGCAUCCCUCUCUCUGCUGCUGCUUCCCCGCAUCAGCUCCGGGCCAAACUGGGACCGAGCUCCAUCCCUCCCCCCGCCCAGCACUUGACUGUCGACUCUGCACAGUACAUGAAAAAUGCCGAGUGUGACAGUGAAGGAUGUCAACCAGCAGGAGUUCGUCAGGGCUCUGUCCGCCUUCCUCAAGAAGUCUGGCAAACUGAAGGUCCCAGAGUGGGUCGACACUGUGAAGCUUGCCAGGCACAAGGAGAUGGCUCCCUGUGAUGACAACUGGUUUUACACCAGAGCAGCUUCCACGGCCCGUCACCUGUACCUGCGAGGAGGGGUGGGCGUGGGCUCCAUGAUCAAGAUCUACGGAGGGCGUCAGAGGAACGGCGUGUGCCCUGCCCACUUCAGCGUGGGCUCCAGGAACGUGGCGAGGAAGGUCCUCCAGGCCCUGGAGGCCCUCAAGAUGGUGGAGAAGGACCCCAGUGGUGGACGGAGACUUACCCCUCAGGGCCAGAGAGAUCUGGACAGGAUCGCAGGUCAGGUCGCCUCAGCAAACAAGAAACAGCAAAGUUUACAAAGCGGCGUCUGAGGAAUGCAUGUGGAGAAUCCAGAGCAGUGAAAUGCAGUGAUGCCUAUUUACUCAAGUGUGCUUGUUUCCCUCAUCACUGCGGUGCCACAUUAACCGAGUACCAAAGGCAUCUCAUAGGCAUGCAUGUGCCUAUAGUGCAGUAAGUACAAAUUAAAGAGAUUAUACAUGGACGUUUUUUUUGUCACAGCGGUGGCCUUGUGACUGAGAACAGAACGGACACAGAAGCACUGAGCAUUUUAAUGUUGUCUUUGCAACAACUGUGAAACUCAAAGAAACAACAUAACAGAUUAAAUGGAUGCUAAAGUAUAUUUUUUAUUUAUUUAUUCUUCAUCAUGACUGUUGGUUACAGAAUAUCAGGCCUUAUCGUUUUGUUCAUGAGAUGUAAAUGAAUGAUAAUAAUACUCAAGGUGUUCUAAAUAAACAGAGUAUGAGCUA